AUGAAAGAGAAGGUCGAGUCGAAGGAGGCUCAGCGUCCAUCAAGUGGCAGUGACGAUCACGAAUUCAAGCGCCGCCAACACGCUCUUGACUCUGACUACGACAUGGACGACGAUCCCGUGUUUCAGCUAUUUCCCGACCAGGAGGAGGUAGACCUCUAUGCAUUUUUGGGUGUAAAAUCAGAUGACAGCGUCGAUAACAUUAAGAAAACAUACCGAAAGCUCGCGCUCUUGUAUCAUCCAGACAAACAUUCUGCUUCGUCCGAGACUGUAAAGCAGGACGCGUCGACAAAGUUUCAGCAAGUAGGAUAUGCGUAUGCCGUUCUUAGUGACGAGAAGAGGAGAAAGCGGUACGAUGAAACGGGCCGAACAGACGAAGAGAACGGGCUGGGCUUUGGACCUGGCGAGGGCGACGAAGGAGGAUGGGAAGCUUAUUUUGAAGCCAUGUUUGAAGAAGUGACAAGAAAACGCUUGGACGAAUUGAAAAAGGAAUAUCAAGGCUCACAAGAAGAGCUCGAUGAUAUUCGAGACGCUUAUAUUGAGGGUGAAGGCUCUAUUGAACAUAUCAUGGCUCACAUACCCCAUUCAACUUACGACGAUGAACCGCGUAUCAUCAAGCUGGUCAAAAAGUUGAUCAAGUCAAAAGUCAUCACAUCUCUUCCUCAAUGGGAAGCAGACCUCAAGGACGAAAAGGCAAAACAAGCCCGCAAGAAACAGGGAGAACAAGAGGCAGCCGAAGCGGAGGAAACCGCCAAAGAGCUCGGUGUCUGGGACGAGUUUUACGGUUCCGGUGCCAAGGGCAAACGCGGAUCCGAAAAAAAGAGCAAGGGAGAUGACACGUCCAACCUACAGGCGCUCAUCCAGAAACGAGCUGCCAACCGGUCGACUGGUAGCUUUUUGGACAACUUGGCAGCAAAAUAUGGGGUGCUUGAUGAGGAUCCUAUGGAAGUCGACUCUGGCCGUGCAACAAAGUCAAAAGGUGGCAAGGGUCGGAAGAAGCGCUCACGAGAAAGCGAUGAGGAAGAGGAGAUCCCGAGCAAGAAGAACCGCAAAACACCAGAGCUCGACGAUGCAGUGUUUGAACGAAUUCAGCAACGCCUAAAUGAGCAAAAAGCGAAGAACGUUGCGGGCAGGAGUAAAAGAAAGUGA